GUGUGAAUGGCGAAAUCACAAAGGGGCCUGGCCGAUGUGGGUCUAAAUUUAGUGCCAAUCGACAAGAGAACGAAACGCACCAUUAUCAUUUUUGAACUUCUUCUUCUCACUGCCGGUCGGCUGACAUUGCAGAGUUCACGAACCUCGGGGACACUCUAGUUUGUAUAGGACCGGCUGACGAUGGCCGCAGAACUGCUGACCCUGACAGAGCGGCAGCUGCAGCUGAGUUAUGAGGAGUCCGUGGUGGCCGAGCAGCUGCAGGCCGAGCUGCCCAACCGGCCAGGUUGGAUGCCCCUGCUUCACGAGGCGGUCAUCGAAGGGGCGCGUUCCGCAAAGGUGCCCUUCUACAACCUGACGACCAGGGUCAUCGACCAGGUGCCCUUCAGCUCGAGGCGGCUGGUGCGCGCCCUGACUCGCGUCAAGCAAAACAUCGAGGCCGUCCGAGCUGCCGGACUUGGAAAGAAAAGUGUCCUGGAACAAGCUGCAGCUCAACAGGCCGAUGCCAGAUUGGAAAUGGCGUGCAAGUUUUUCACUUCGAUCGGGAGGCACAUCCUGCAGAACGUGGCGAUGCGGCCCGAUUUUCGCGACGACAGCGAGUGGGAAGAGCCCCUGGCAGGCAGCCUCCUGGUCGCCUCGGUGGCCGCCCUGUACGAGAAACCGUUCGGCUCCACCUCUGGCGAGUUCAACAAAGGAGUGCUCAAGUGCAUGGCCGUCUCGCGCCCGCCCGGAGUUCCUCCGCGCAGAAUCACCGACUUCCACCCUCCGGCAAUCGGGCUCGAGUACUCCAAAAUGAUGCUCACCACCGCCAACUUCCAUCAGGGUCUCACCCAUGACGUCAAAAGGGCGGGCAUCCUUUCAAUUGAAGUCAAAGGUGAAAAACGCAUAACUUGCGCCCUGUCUGGCGACGCCACCUUUGAGAACCUGGGCUUCGGCUUCGGAGGCGACGUCAUUGGCAUCACCUCCACAGGUCUGAGUGUCACCGCUUAUGACAUCAUGUUGAAGCAGGAGGACUCGAUCAAGGCCUAUCAGUAUUUGGGCUACCUUAUGAGGGCCUACGAAAGUCUGAUCGAGAUGACGGCCGAGGGCGCCCUGCAGGCCACCACUGUCCACAACCAAAUCGCCGAGAUCGAUUGCGAAGCAAGAGUGGCCAAGACAGGCAAAUUGCUCAUCCAGCAGAACAACUGGUACGGCGUUCAAAUUGAUGACUGGGUGGACAUAGUCGACGGCACCGACAUCCCCAACACAAGGGACUUUCCACCGAAUUUCAUCUCCGAGCGCUUCAUCCUGCCUUGCGCCGGAAAAAUCCACCUCACCUGGGACCUGCAAUACACUUCCUCCUCGUUCUCGGCGUUCAACAAUUGGGAAAUCGAGCGGCUCAGGGCGUUCUACGAGAAGACCAAGGCGUUCGUCUUCUACAGCGGCCUCAACACGGUCUACAAUAUUCGCAUCGGCCGCAUUGACUCCAGCGUGUGCGUGAUCAAGUGUCCCACGAACAGGAAGACCGUUUUUUACACACCACCGCCAUCAUCGUACAUCACUGGGUACAACCAUUACAACUGCACCUAUCACUUUAAGGGGGUAGGAGCAAGUGUGGACAUUGUUGUGCACAACAAGCCGGACGGCAACAACAAGCUCCUCCUCGAGUCAACCCAGGGCGUUUCUACCUGGAUCGUUCGACAUGAGACUGUGCCAGACGAACCCCUUCUGUUGAACGAGUUCAAGGAUGACCGCCUGGUGCUCAUCUUAAGUCUGGUCAUCAUCACAGUCCGCGAACCUGAAAAGAACACCCUCAUCUUCCAGCGCGGUCUCAUCUCCUGCCGCUACGACCCCACCUGCAACCGUGAGUGGCCCACCGUGAGCAGCCAGUGGGUUCAUUUAAACAAGGGCGACCUCCAGAACAGCCUCGAGAAACUCUGCCUCAGGUUUGAUGUGCCUCAAGUGACCGUCACUGGUGUCCGAUGCAUAGAAGGGGCAACAAAUAAAGAUCUUCCAGACAUCUCCCUUUCGUACGACAGCCGUUUCAAAUCUCUGAACGGCCUCACCAAAGAGGGGUGGCUUUUUUCUGGCCCUCCGCAGUUAGUCGACCCAGAGGAUGCGUUUAAAUUGGAAUGUGUUGGCGCCGACCUUGCUCCAUUUGCCAAAAUUCAGACUAAGAACUCGCUGGCAUUCACAGAUAUGAUCGCCCUCUUUGGCGCAAAAAGGCCUUCGAGGAAGACGUGGACCGUGACUGACUCAAAACUGGGCAUGUACGGUGAGCACUCCGAGCCCCACGCAGAAGCCGUAUUCCGAUCUCUGAGCGGAUUCGAAGUUUCGUGCAACACCCAGGAUGUGGUGCUGACUGAAGUCGAGUCCAAGUGGUUCCAAGGGAACAUUUCUAAGGAGCGCCUGCAACCUCUGGCCGACGAGUUGCAGCAGUUGCAACUUUUCCCGGAACUCGAGAAAAUCAUGACGGACAAUUUGAGAGUCGAUUUCGGAAAGCAUUAUGCACACAUUCUCAGACAUAAGGGUUGUCCCGUUUUUCUGGCGCCAAAGAAACUGGAGUACUUGGGCCUGGUGGGAGGCGUUUCGCCCCUGCUUGUGGAUGACGAGGAAGGUGUGGCCUACACAAGUCCCCUGAGCCACGAGUGGAGCAACCUGGACCAGCAGCAGGUGUCCACAAGCCAGGUCUUCUCAGGCGUGGGCAAGCUGAAGAGCGUCGAGGACCGCUACGACCACUUCAAAGUCCGAAAUGAAACCGAAAUGCUGUUCCAAGUAACGGAUGACCUGAAAUUGGACGUUGUGUCCGUGGACGACUGCAGCCGCGGCGUCGAAGACCUGCAGACGCAACUGGACAAGAAAGUUUUCUCGGCUUGCGACAUUGUUUGCUACAAUUCUGCGCCACACAACGUCGCCUUCCUGUACCACCCGUACCUGCAGAAGGUGUUCAAGCACCGCCGCCUGCGGAGCAGCAAGUUCCUCUCCUGCCUGGGACACCGGGACGGCGCCAUUUUCGUCUUCGACGCCAGCCAGAGGGCCGUCUUCAAGUUGACGGACAAGACGGAGGACGAGUCGGCGUUCUGCGUUUGCGCCGCCGCCUCCCGCAAGAACGACACCCUUCUGCUGGAAGGGGAGGAGCUGGAGUUUGAGUUGUACAAGUUGGAGGGGCUGCACGGCGUGUUCCACCAGCUGCAGCAGGAGCGGAGUGCCCUGCAGCUGCACCUGGACGAGCACAAGGGUGUCCGGUGCGUCUUCCAGGCCUCGUGUCGCGACGAGUCGGCCAAGGAGAUCUACGUCGACGUCAGCGGCGCCCGAGUUGAGAAUCUGGACACCUCGGUGGACAAGGACAGCGACGUCGUCGCCACCCACAACGACACCAAGUUGAUCUUCCUCUCGGCGGCCGCCAACGACCUGAGACCGGUCGCCGUCAGGGUCUUCCUGAGAAACUCGAAAAUCUUCAACCGAUUCCCGCUGACGGUUUCGCAAGCCUGCAAUUACGUCGCCCCGUUCGCUUAGGAAAAUUUUGAUUUAAUCGUAUAAGACGUGUUGAAAUAAAAUGCACUCUGGUCUUUAUUGCUAA